GUGUUCCAGAGGCCUGUGAACGAGGAGAAGUCUCCGGUGGGUCCGUGGCUGCUCGCUCUGUUCGUCUUCGUGGUUUGUGGAUCAGCCAUCUUCCAGAUCAUCCAGAGCAUCAGACAGGGCAUGUGAUGAACUUUGACCUCCGGAGGAGCCUGAUCCUGUCACAUGGUGGGGGGGGGGGCGCCAUCAUGACCACUACACACUCACACACACACACACUGGUGUUUCUUCCUGCUGUAACCCCCUGAGUGUUUUCUACUCUUCCUCCUGAUGAAGAUGAAGACGGACAGAUGUUGGUAGUUCUUGUCCUCCAGCUGUUUGUCUCUGAGGUCCUCUGAAGCUGCAGUGAGUGCAGUAUGCACAGGAAGUGGUGGGUUUCAUUGAGCAGCAGUCUGCUUCAGUGGACCCCUAGACCACCAUGGACGUGUGAGGACUCCAACCGCCGGUUUUUAAAGGUGCAGCUGAGCCUCCUGCUGGACUACAACGCUCCGCUUUUAUACAAAAUAAAGCAGAUAUUUUUCUCUA